AUGUCUGCCGCAACGGUCGAAAGCUACAAGAAGCUCAAGGAGGACUUUGUCUCCAACCUCUCCGGCGGACCCCCCAGCGAAAUCAACUACGUGACAGCCGUCGCACCCGUCGCAGUCCUCCUCUGGUCCGUCCUCCAGUCCCGACAAUCCUUCUUCAAACCUUACACACCGCUCGCCGGCCUAGUCGAUUACCUUCUCAACGUCACCGCCAUCCUCCUCUCGACAACCCUCUACGCCUCCUCCCCCCUGCUACUCAACCUCCUCCUGCUCGCCCCGGCCGUUGUCGUCUACGCCUUCCCGCCAAACACCCGUCGCAAGAAGCCCGUCGUCCCUCCCAAUGCAAAGUCCAAAGCUGCUGCCCAGGGCCCGCUCCCUGCUCUCUCCGUCAAGCCCUUUCUGACGCAUUACCGCGGGAGCAUGAUGGUCGUCACCUGCAUCGCCAUCCUCGCCGUCGACUUCCGCCUCUUCCCCCGCCGCUUCGCCAAGGUCGAGACGUGGGGCACGUCCCUGAUGGAUAUGGGCGUCGGCUCCUUCGUCUACAGCGCCGGCGUCAUCGCCGCCCGUCCCGUCCUCAAGGAGCGCGCCGAGGGCCGCUCGACGCCGUUGGCCACGCGCCUGGCCGCCUCGAUGCGCCACUCCUUGCCCCUCCUCUUCCUGGGCGUCAUCCGUCUGCUCAGCGUCAAGGGGCUGGACUACGCCGAGCACGUCACCGAGUACGGCGUCCACUGGAACUUCUUCUUCACCCUCGGCCUGCUCCCGCCCUUCGUCGCCAUCUUCCAGUCCGCGCUGAAGAUCGUGCCGAGCUACGCCGCCCUGGCCGUCAUUCUCGGUGGGCUGUACCAGGUCGUGCUCGAGAGCACGAGCUUGAAGGCGUUCAUCCUCACAGCGCCGAGGACGGAUCUGAUCUCUAAGAACCGCGAGGGCAUCUUCAGUUUCAUCGGAUACCUGGCCAUCUUCCUCGCGGGACAGGACACGGGCAUGUACAUCCUGCCGAGGAGCGUCAACCCGAAGAGCGACUCCACGCCGGCGACGCAACGCAAGACCCUCAUCAUGAUGAUGGCCAUCUGGUCGGCCGUGUGGACGGGUCUGUACUUCCUGAGCACCAGCUACAGCUACGGCGACGGACUCAGCGUGUCGCGCCGCAUGGCCAACCUGCCGUAUAUCCUCUGGACGGCGGCGUUCAACUCGACCCAGAUCCUUGCAUACUGCAUCGUCGACACCGUCUUCUUCCCCUCCUUCUACAACGCGACGGACGCAAAGUCUGAGAAGGAGGCUUACGAGACGGCCACGAGCAGGGUGUUCCGUGCCUACAACCGCAAUGGUCUCUUUUUAUUCCUGAUCGCCAACCUCUUGACUGGUUUGGUGAACAUGACAGUGCCCACAUUAGACGUCAGCCCGCUCGCUACCAUGGGCAUUUUGAUGGCGUAUAGCGGAUCCUUGACUGCUCUCGCAUUGGCUCUUGACGCGUACAACAUCAAUAUCAAGUUGUAG